AUGAGCGACUCGGCCGCGUCCGACGGAAUGGUGGAGGUCAAACAAGGCACCAAGUACGUCAAGGAGACAGAAAACGUGGCCGAAAAAUAUUCGGCCAUGACCGUGAGCAAGAACAGCAGCGACGUAAACAUGAACGUCGGGGAGAUUCCCUCCGCCGCUUUCACGCCCGUCCCCACGCUCAAGUCCGUCAAGAAGAUCCAGUUUGCCAAUGCAGAGGACAAACAGGAGUUCAGCAAAUACCCGACCAAGGCUGGCCGUCGUUCACUCUCUCGCUCUGUCUCGCAGUCGUCCACUGACAGCUACAGUUCAGCUGCAUCGUACACUGACAGCUCUGAUGAUGAAACAUCCCCUAGAGACAAAGCUCAGGUCAACACACAGGGCAGCAGUGACUUUUGUGUGAAGAACAUCAAGCAGGCCGAGUUUGGCCGCCGGGAGAUUGAAAUUGCUGAACAAGACAUGUCAGCCCUCAUAUCCCUGAGGAAGAGAGCUCAGGGUGAGAAGCCUCUGGCAGGCGCCAAGGUGGUGGGCUGUACCCACAUCACGGCUCAGACGGCGGUGCUGAUCGAGACCCUGGUGGCUUUGGGGGCUCAGUGUCGUUGGACAGCCUGCAACAUAUACUCCACCCAGAACGAGGUCGCUGCCGCUUUGGCCGAGACAGGAGUGCCGGUGUUUGCGUGGAAGGGCGAGUCAGAGGAUGACUUCUGGUGGUGCAUCGACCGCUGUGUCAACACAGAGGGAUGGCAAGCCAACAUGAUCUUAGACGAUGGUGGAGACUUGACACACUGGGUUUACAAAAAGUACCCCAGUGUGUUCAAGAAAGUGCGGGGCAUCGUCGAGGAAAGUGUCACUGGAGUUCAUCGACUGUAUCAGCUCUCUAAAGCCGGCAAGCUAUGCGUACCGGCGAUGAACGUAAAUGACUCUGUUACCAAGCAGAAGUUUGAUAACCUCUACUGCUGCCGUGAAUCUAUCCUGGAUGGCUUGAAGAGGACCACAGACAUCAUGUUUGGUGGCAAACAAGUGGUUGUAUGCGGUUAUGGAGAGGUGGGAAAAGGCUGCUGCACAGCUCUUAAAGCCCUGGGAGCCAUAGUGUGCAUCACUGAGAUUGAUCCUAUCUGCGCCCUGCAGGCAUGUAUGGACGGCUUCCGAGUGGUCAAACUGAGCGAAGUUAUCCGGCAGAUGGACGUGGUCAUCACUUGUACCGGCAACAAAAAUGUCGUCACCAGAGAACAACUGGAUCGCAUGAAAAACGGAUGCGUGGUGUGCAACAUGGGCCAUUCCAACACCGAGAUUGACGUGGCCAGUCUGCGCAGCCAAGAGCUGACCUGGGAGAGGGUCCGAUCACAGGUGGACCACAUCAUCUGGCCUGAUGGAAAGAGAGUUGUGCUUCUGGCCGAGGGUCGCCUAUUGAAUCUUAGCUGCUCCACAGUGCCCACCUUUGUGUUGUCCAUCACGGCAACCACUCAGGCGCUGGCUUUGAUUGAGUUGUUCAAUGCUCCUGAGGGACGUUACAAGCAGGACGUGUAUCUCCUGCCCAAAAAAAUGGACGAGUACGUUGCCAGUUUGCACCUUCCCAACUUUGACGCUCACCUCACAGAGCUCUCUGACGAGCAGGCCAAGUACAUGGGCCUCAACAAGAAUGGCCCCUUCAAGCCCAACUAUUACAGGUAUUAA